GAGAAACGCAAAGAACCGACAAGAACUGUUAUAUUAAAAAGAUAAAACAUUUCUUGUAUUUAAAUUACUUUUUAAGUAUAUGUUAAAUACAUGAUUUAUGUAGAUAAUAUUCACUAGAGGAUAUUCAGAUAUUCAGGUUGUUUUUUAUUAUUAUUAUAAAUCAUAUUCAUUAUCAUCGAAAAAAUAAAUAUGUGUUAAGUUGCAGUACCCACGAGUGAAAUACGAAUAAAUAGAAUGGAUUAACAAUAGUAACUAAUUAAAUAUGAAUAACGGAAUUUUAUGCUUAUGAUUCAAGCUUAUUCAAAAUUAAGCUACUCCGACACUAGGGUAUUUCUUUUUGAAAAACCUUGCAGAUGCCAUUCAGACUUUGAGCUGUUUAGACUUUAAUCUAAGCAUACUUUUUACUUAUCAGACUUUAUUUUAAGAAGGAAGGACAACGUAAUUUAUUGAGAAUUAGGAAGGAGGACCUUGUAAUUAAUUGUAAAAUAAUUGAAGAAAAAAGGAUUGCGUUAAUAUUGCAUUUAAGGAAAGGAUUGUGUCAUUGCAUUUAAAGAAAUAAUUGCAUUUUUACUGCAUUUGAAGUAAGAAUUGUGAUGCAAAAUAAUUACAUUUAAUGUAAUGAACAUUGAAUUUAAAACGAUACAAUGCAUUGGUUUAAGGACAAGAAGUGGAUUUGGAUCCUUGAAUGUGUCACAAUUUUUGUAUUUAAAACAGUUCUUACCAGCAAGUUCACUCAGUUUACUCUCUCGUCGAGUAAUGCACGGUAUAGUGAUAAUUUAGUGCAACAUUUAAACACUAGCAUAAUACAAUGUGCGAGAUUAUGUAAUGGUGCGGAUGAAUGUACGUCUGUUAACCACAAUGCGGACACGGGCGUUUGCGAACUAACAACAUACGUUCCAGGGGUGGUGACACCUCCAACAGUUGCCGAAUCCAACUGGAACAUUUAUUAUGAUGAUCGUUUUGUUCCUGCUGUUGACGCGUGGCAGUCAUCUUCAUACGUCGUCCAGAAUGGACCACUUGCAGCAAGCUUUGCAAUAGAUGGCAAACGCGACAACAUCAUUAAGGGGACGGAUGAAAAAUACUGUGCUCAUACAAAAAGUAGCUAUUCAUAUUGGGGAAUGGAAUUUAGGCGUCUUGCAGAAGUGUCCCAUGUUAUCAUCUUUUUUAGGAAUGAAUCGACUGUCAAGAACAGGAAUUCGAAUUUGCAGUUACUGAUUUCCCCUACCCGACAAGAUUCAGACAACAAUAUCGGAACUGACUGCGCAUACUACGUCGGACCCCCAGCAUCGCCGUCUUUACCUGUAAAGAUCCCAUGUGCCCAGCACGUGACAGGAAAGUUUUUGAAGAUUAUCCACAACCAGGAUACCCCCCUUACCCUUUGUGAAGUAGAGGUUUACUCGGUUUAGAGAAACAAUUCUGGCUAAUCACUAUAACUUUAAAUAAAAUAUUUCUAUUACAUCAGUAAAACUGUUGUAUUUAUUCUUACAGUUUUCAUUUUACGUUUGAAAGUAUGAAAAAUAUGAAAUCAAAUAUCAUUUAGAGCUAUAAAGUGGAUAUGACUAUAUAAGACUUUUCCGUGGGAAGAUAUUGAAAGAAAUAAAUGGGGAAAAUAUUCUACAUUUCAUAUUAGUUAGACAAAUAUCCAAUCAAUUUGCUGUAUAAUAAAUUUUGAAAUAAACUUCUGCAAUAAAAAUAUCCCAUUAA